GAGGAGUCUGAUGACGGCCGUUCCCAUCAAUCAGUUGGCCAGAAACAAGGGCGUCAAGUACACCUGUGAGAUCACUGGCAGCCCAGCCACUCUCGUGUGCUCUGAGUGCCCUGUCUACUUCGCCACCUAUGACCACUUCGAUGUGUGGUGGAAGGGCAUCGGCAACCUCAUCGCGCAGGACAUCGUGGUCCUUCGCGCGCCUCCGAAGAUGAUCGGCAGUGAGGAGGAGCGGAAACGACGCGCCGAGGAGCUGAUGGGCAUCAGAAAGGAACUGUUGGAGUUGUGCACGGAGACCGCGCAGAAAUUCCUCGUACAGGGGAAGUACGAGCUUGCAGUGCCUGGAGCGCUCCAGAGCCUGAAGUUUGCGAUCGAAGUCUUCGGAUCGGAGGCAUCGGAGCUGGUGCCCUCGUACCUGCUCCUGGCUGAGGCCAAUCUGGGUCUCCGGCGCCUGAAAAUCGCAGAG